GGACAUCAUCAUCAUCAUCAUCAUCAUCAUUUGUGAAGUGAACGAUCGACUCUCGAAAGCUUCUUUUCUAAUUUCACCUCUUCAGUCAAAUCUUUUGUACGUCUCAAGCCCAUCAGUCUACACCCUUCCGAAAGAACCACACCUCAAGCCACAAAACAUGCCUCGCAGACGCAAUUCCGCCCCUACCUCUCUACUUCUGGUAUCACCCACAAAGCCUUUGAUUCGAGGGGCACCCAAAUUCGUCAUCCCUUCACCACCGUCCACCCAAGCAAUCCAUUUGGCCGAGCACCAUCGAUCCAAGCGCUUCGAAACUAAGACCAAUGUCGGACCACUGAAGGAAAUGCCCAAGUUAGAAUUUCCUGUCGGCGUCUAUGGAUUCAGCCCGAGCAGCACGACACCUACGAAUCCGAACUUACUCGUAGAGCUCCAUUCUGCGAAGCUUGAUAGUUAUUUCAUUCCACAAGGCCAAUACCCGUGAUUUCUUACGUCGAUGUUCAGCCAUAUCCGAGCGAUCGAUAAUCUUCCAAUCGUUUUAUGUUACUUUCUUUUGGAACAGUCAAUUGAUAGAUCUCCGUGUCUGAGGCCAGCAGGGCUAAUUAUUUUCCUGGUGACGUCUUCAACAUCUUACGGGUCAUUUCUUUUGGGCGGAAGACGAUUUCAUUCGUCGGGAUAAAUACAAUUCUUUUCAUCAGUUCGGUCUUAGUUGUAAUUCAUACGGUGGCUGGGCAUUUGGUUUUUUGGUCUUCUUGUUCGAGGUCUGAGCGGAACUGGAUUCCAUUGUAGAAACAUUAAUAUUCUCAGUUUCGCUUCUUUGUGCAAAAUUCACCCUAGACGGGCAACGUUUCAA